AUGGGAAAAUCAAAGCGAUCUAUGAACCCUGCUGACGCCCUACGUAAACAGCAACGUAAACGAGAAUUGAAAAAGAAUAAAGAGGAUCGCAAACGCGUGCGUGAAUCAGCAUUGGCAAAGAAAGAUGUCGGCAAAAUGCGACAAGAGAUGUCCAGAUUAGAGCAUUUAGCUAAUAGUGGGCAAUUGGACAAGGCAGGACAAGCGCGUUUAGAAGGAUUGAAAAGUGAUAUCAGCAAGAUUGAGAAGGCCAAAAAGGCAACCGAGCUUACAGGUGCUCAAGCUGCUUAUGCUGCUCGUAUGCAAGAACAAGAAAAAAAACAUGAAGGCGAAGCUAGAAAACUAGUCUACGAUCCCAAGCGAGGAGCAUUUGUGCCAGCAAAGAUAAAGGAAAAACCAUCUUCUUCCUUCACAAAAGAUGGGGACGAUGGGGAUGAGAGUAGCAGUAAUUCAGAUAGCUCGCGUGAUGAUGAUUCCGAGGAUUCAGACCAAGAAGAGGAUGGUUCAGACGACGAUAUUAGUAUAGAUCAAGAUCAUGCAGAAGUGGAUGUACCAUUACCGCCAGCAAAAAUUUUGACAGAAUCAGAUGAUGACUAUGAGAUCCCACUUCCACCAGGGCCUCCACCCUAUAGACCGUUUGAGGAGCAAUUGAAUCCCAUCAUACAACAGCAGCUACAUGUGAGAGGUCCUCCACCACCACCUCCCCCAGGAGGGCCACUUAGACAGGGUAUGCAACGCGUGCCACCACCUCCACCACCUAUUCCUCAUGGAUUCCGACCACCUCAAAUGAUGGUUGCACCACCACCUCCACCGCCAAUCAUGCCAUAUCAACACUUUUCAGCACCCGUACAUUAUCAGCAACCUCCAUCACACACUACCCAACAACCAGCAACCACAACACAACAUGCUAGCACGCCUGUCAUCUCAGCCGAACCCCAGUUAAGAGAUUUAGAAAAGGAAACACUUGCGUUUGUACCUGCUGCUAUUCGUCGCAAGCAAAAUGCAGCCAGCAAGAAGGCCUCUUUACCGAAAGAAGCAAGACCAGAUAUCAAUGCUGCACCCUAG